CUGUCACAGAUAUGUUGUGUGAUCCUGGAGGUGGUUCUCUUGUUUCCCAUAUAAUUUCCUCUUUUACAAAAUUUACAUUUAUGUGUGUGCAUGUGCAUAUGAGUGUGGGUGCCCAUGGAGUGUCAGCUUUCCUGAGAGCAGGAGUUGCAAGUGGUUAUGGGCCACCUGGUGUGGCUACUGGGAAUCAAACUCAGGUCUUCUGAAAGAGCAGUGCACACUCUUAACCACUGGCCCGUCUGUCUCUCUAGCCUGUAAGUUGCUCUUGCUGACUGAGACUUUGAAGUCACUGCUCUGUAAACCUAGCAGUUCAGCAGCUCCCAUAUUCCCAAGGCCCCUUCCCCGUGUCUUUCCUCAGGCCCUCCUAUAAAAACCAUCUUCUUUCUAGCAGCCUUCCCAAGGUCAGAUGAGAGACUUGACUCUACCAGCUGUGUUCUGAUGCCUUCCUGUCUCUGCCAACCCCUGACUUUCACCUGAGGGGUCUCCAGAUCCCAGCCAGUUCCUCCUCUGUCUCUGGCAGGAGUGGGUGAUGUAGGUCCCUGCUUGGAGAUCGAAAAGUGACUGCGUCCUGGGCUCUUGGUGUGAUUCAGUGACCUCUGUUAAUGACCUUAGGUCUGUUGGCUAAGAGCAACAGUUUCCCUUCCCCCCCGUGGAGGUGCAGAAAUGUGGCAGCUCUGUUUGCUUUUUUCCAGGAUAGGAGCACUAAAUUGUCUGCUAAGGUGUUUCUCCCAAGAACCUAGGCCUUGAUAAGAAGUGAGAAUGUCACUUUUUCUAUCUGGCUAAAAAUUUCCCGUAUCCUUGCACCAAGGCUUCAUUACUGCAUUACUUUUUAAAUGUAGGACCUAUGUUGCUGAACCAUUCUCAUGUUCCUCAGAAGCCCAAACACAGUGACCUUCAGCUCUCACUGUUAACCAAUGGAUACCAUAGCUUCUCCCUUAUGGCUCUCUGGUCUUAGUAAGUAGAUCUAGAGAGCACAGUGCUUCAAAUGUUGCACCCUUUCAAAAUCGUCAUUAAAGCCAAGCUCGGUGGCCCAUACUUAGGAGACCAAGACAGAAUUGCUGUGAGUUCGAGACCAGCCUGGGUGACAUAGUGAGACCCUAAUGAGCACACUACUUUGCUUCAUCAGUGCCCUGGGACGAUGGCCUGAGCUGUUAGUAUUCAAGGAGGACGGUAUGGAUGCUGGCAGAGCGGAGUAGGGGUACUGAGACGUCGGGGUUGGCCUUCCUCUCGCUGCUGUGGCUGCUGGUGGAGAUAGCACAGAAGCUUAGAAAUUAGCUGAGGUGAGGCAAAGGGCCCACCAGUCUGAGGAAAGACACAAGCCAGACACUCCUUUCGCGCCUUUGGCGGGAGCGUACCAGCGCAUGCCAUCCAGGGGGCGCCACGCAGGCUGGGCACCAGAGCGCCAUGAGGCGCCCGAUGGAGGGCGCCAUUGUGGAGGAACCUAGCGGCGCAAUGGAGCCCUGGUGCGGGGCCGGGGUCCGUGGGCAGGGCCCUCAGGGUCCCGGUGUGCCUGGGGCCUCCCGCACCCGCACCCGCGCCCGAGCCCUUCUCCUUCUGUUGCUGCUGCUGCUGCUGCUCCUGCCUCGGCGGCCAGCAGGCUGCUUGGCCGCAGGAGAAUCCCCGGCGACGCUGUCCACCGCAGUCCCGACCGGCCCCAGAGCCUCCUGUGCCUCCAGUGGCAUCUGUCCCUCAGGCAGGCUUCGCCUUCCUCGGCAGGACCAGACUUCAGACACUUCACAGACCACGACUCCACCGAAAGGGAUGGGGGCCCUGAGCACUGUGGGGAUUACUGGGUCCGUUUCUAAGACAAAACCCGGCAACCUCCCCUUGUGCGGCUCCUCCCAGGAGCCAGACCCUACUCUCAGGGACCCAGAAGCCAUGACCCGGCGGUGGCCAUGGAUGGUCAGCGUGCAGACUAAUGGCUCACAUGUCUGUGCCGGCAUCCUUAUUGCCUCCCAGUGGGUGUUGGCUGUGGCCCACUGCUUGAGCCAGAACCGUGUUAACUAUACCGUGAGGGUGGGGAGCCCAUGGAUUAACCAGACCACAGAAACCAGUUCAGAUGUGCCAGUAAACCAGGUCAUCAUAAACAGCGGCUACCAAUCCAAGCGGUACUGGUCUUGGGUUGGCCGGAUCCAUGACAUUGGUCUCCUCAAGCUCAAAUGGGGGCUCAAGUACAGCAAAUACGUGUGGCCUGUCUGCCUGCCUGGCCUGGAGUAUGUGGUGGAGGACGGCUCUCUCUGCACUGUGACAGGCUGGGGAUACCCCAAGGCUAACGGCCUAUGGCCCCAGUUCCAAACCCUCCAGGAGAAGGAAGUCUCUAUCCUGAACAGCAGGGAGUGUGAGCAUUACUACCACAAGUUCUCCAGGAUCCACUCUCUGGUUCGGAUCAUCAGCCCUCAGAUGAUCUGUGCCUUGGACAACGACAGGGAAAAGUUCUGCUAUGAGAGGUCUGGUGAGCCCCUGGUCUGCUCUUCAGACGGCAUGUGGUACCUGGUAGGAGUGAUGAGCUGGGGCCCGGGCUGCAAGAAGAGUGAGGCCCCGCCCAUCUUUCUCCAGGUCUCUCACUACCAGCUGUGGAUCUGGGACCGCCUUAGUGGGGAGCCCCUGGCCCUUCCGGCGCCAUCCAGGACCUUGCUUCUGGGUUUCCUUCUGCUCCUCAUCCUUCUGGGCACUCUGUGACACUGCCAUGUCUCUCUCCUUCCUUCCCCUCCUCCUGAGUGCUGCUUGUGGGUGAGGCGCUCAGCCAGCAGGGACUGGCAGAGAUUAAACACUUCUUUUUUCCCAUGUC